AUGAGCGGCGCAGGCGGGGCGGCGGCGGCAUCCGCCGGCUCCGCGUUGCCUGCGCAGGAGGAGGGCAUGACGUGGUGGUACCGCUGGCUAUGUCGCUUGUCUGGGGUGCUGGGGGCCAUCUCGUGCGUCAUCUCUGGUCUCUUCAACUGUAUCACCAUCCACCCCCUCAAUAUCGCAGCUGGAGUGUGGAUGAUCAUGAAUGCCUUCAUCCUGUUGCUGUGUGAAGCACCCUUCUGCUGCCAGUUUGUCGAGUUUGCAAACAUGGUGGCAGAGAAGAUGGACCGGCUGCGCUCCUGGCAGAAAGCUGUCUUCUACUGUGGGAUGGCUGUUGUUCCCAUCAUCAUCAGUCUGACACUGACCACCCUGCUGGGGAACGCUGUCGCCUUCGCCACUGGAGUGCUGUACGGACUCUCUGCUCUGGGCAAAAAGGGCGAUGCCAUCUCCUAUGCCAGGAUCCAGCAGCAGAAGCAGCAGGCAGAUGAAGAGAAGCUCACGGAGACCCUGGAGGGGGAGCUAUGA